CAACGGUCGAAGCGUCAAAUUUACAACGGCAUACCGUCGUCGUAUACGGCAUACCUUGGCGGAGGCUACGGUGGUGGCACUUACGGUAGAUAUUCUGGCGGUGGAUACGGUGGUGGUGGUUACGGAGGAGGUGGAUACGGUGGUGGUGCCUACGGAAGAGGUGGAUACGGUGGGGGUGCUUACGGAAGAGGUGGAUACGGUGGUUCCGGUGGUUACGGUGGUUACGGUGGCUCUGGGUAUGGUGGCUAUGGUGGUUACACUUACAGCAAGUACGGUGGUGGUCAAAACAACAACUACGGUGGCACAAAUAUCGGCAGUAUUAAUACCGAGAAUGUGAGCGGAUAAAUUCGUACGGCAAUGCUGAUGAUGAACGCUUUCGAGUCGGAAUGGAGGUAGGGAGAUGCAGUGCUCAGAUUAGGCGACAGCGAUUUUAACGAAUACGGCAACGAUAAAUUAACGUGAUGUUCAUUGAAUGUUUAUGAUGUAUAUACGAUGAUGUGAUGACAAUAAAGGAGUUCAUUUCC